AUGAAGUGGAACAAUUCAAAUUCUAAGUAUCUAAAAAUCCGAGUUACUCUACAUGAGUCGGAAUUGGAAUUUAAUAUAUCACCGAAAAGUACAGGAAAAUAUCUCUUCGACCUUGUUUGUAGCACAAUCGGACUACGGGAGACGUGGUAUUUUGGACUACAAUUUUACAGUUUCUUCCCUAAUGGAAGAAUGCGACUUUCUCAUUGGUUAAAGCUGGACAAAAAAAUUAUUUCCCAGAAGCCAGAAGACGUCUCUAAACCUCUCUGCUUUUUUUUCCAUACAAAAUUCUUCCCUGAAGAUGUUGAACAGGAAUUGAUACAGGCUACAACUCGGCGUCUAUUCUAUUUAAGCGUUAAAGCCACGAUUUUGAAUAGAAGCGAAUCUAAUAUGAAUGGAAAUUGUUUUGGCGAUCUUUGUCCCUCACUGGACGUGGCUAUUCUGCUUGCUUCGCUGGCAUCUCAGGCAGAAUAUGGUGAUGUGUGUGAAGAUGAGCUUAGUGACACAGAAGAAUUGACCUCCUUACCACGUCGCAUUAUUAGAUUGAUUCCGGCUCAACUCUGGACACAGGUUCAGUCAACGCAAGGUAUAACUCAAAAGUUUAAAGAAUACUACAAAUCCCACAAAGGAAUGAAUCGGGACAAGGCGGAACUUCAGUAUCUUAAAGUGGCGCAGAUACACCAUCUUUUUGGAGUGGAUUUCUUUCCUAUUGUUUGUGUACGAAUGAAAUGCCCACGAAUGUCAAAUUUAACACGUAAUUUUACUCAAAACGAGUUUACUAUCUUGCACAACACGAAUAAGUGCCAGACGAAUGCUUGGCUCGGUGUCACUGCUUCAGGGCUGCAGUUGUACGGAAAAUGUCAGCGUGAUCCGCCACAAUUCACAUUCCCUUGGAAUUUGAUUAAAAACGUAUCUUAUCGUGAACGUAAGUUUACCAUAAAACUGACUAGUACUUGGCGAGGAACAAACAAGCCUAACCAUAGUGCACCUACAACCACAACUUCGUUGCCUGCAGGGCUGAAUGAAACCAGUGGACAGACUGCUAAUUCAUCAAGAGUAAUCCAAGCAAGUCGAAGUCCCUUAAUAAGCGUCACUGGACAAGCCCUUGUAGGCCUAACUGUGGGUUCCAGUGCUGGUGGUAGUGGUACAUCAGCAGCAAGUUUGCCUAGUACUCCUAUAUCAGCCCGUCUUGUUCCUUCAAUACCACCAGUUUCUCCAAAUGUUCUUGAUACUUCUGUCAAUGUCUUAUUUCCUCGUGCUGAUUCCAAGUUUGAUUCCUGUGAUCCUGUGCAACAGUUUGGUGUCUCAAAAAGUCUCAAAGGUCGCGCAAAAGUCUUUGAAUUAGGUUCACGUUGCAUUCCUGGUUUGUCCGCCAAAUCUCGCUACUCUGCUAAUGAGUUAACAGUAACCGGCACUAGCGUAAACUGUCUUCGUACUUCUCAAGGUCAGUCCGUAGAAAAUAACAUUGCUGCACCGUUUUCCUCCAAAACUGUAGUGAAUUCAUCCCAGCUGAAUUCAACAACUGUGUUAAUCAGUGUUGUAGAGGUCUGGUUGGCAGAUCCCAAUCAAGCUAAAACAGUUAUGUCUAUGUGUGCUGGUAACCAUUCACUGUUUAUGAGACGUCGUCAACCUGAUAGUAUUGAAGUUCAACAAAUGAGGGCUCAGGCAAGGGAAGAAAGAGCAAGACGAGAUGUUGAACGUGCACGUCUUGCAAAAGCGCGUGCAGAGAAAGCCGAGGCUCUAGAAGCUAAAACAGCUUUGGAAGCUCGAUGUGCUCAAUUGGAAGAGGCUUUAAGAUACCAUCAGAAAAUUCAAAAACCCUACUCUUCUGAAAAUCGCAAUAUACCAAAAAAAAGUCAUCUAAAUGAUAUGUAUGAUGCCGAUUCACCUCAUUCAUAUACCUCUCAACGUCCGCUUAAUGAGUACAAUUGCAAAGUAGCAUUCAGUUCUAUAAAUAAAGUAAAUCAAGAGGACAUUAGAAAUGUCGGCAUACCCAUGUGUCAAACAGUGGGUAAUAAAGAUGAUGAUGAUGAUGAUGAUCAGAAGUCUAUUUCCAAUGUUGUUGAAGAUGGUGAUAAAAAUACGGGCGAUACUGGUAAUCAUGUUAGAAGUGACGGUUACUUUGAUGAAUAUUCUUUUUAUCCGUCAGUGAAAAUACCAGAGGUAAAUCCAACCGAGCAUGGAAAGCUUUGGGAUGGCGUACAAAUAGAUCAGAACAAAGUGAACUGUGUGGAUCCUGCUUAUCCAAACAUCCCUCUUGGGUCAUUUAUAUGUCCUUAUUCUCCCGAUCCACGACUGUUUGCGGGCUCUGCUUCUGUUCCUGUAACUCCACAAGCCAAACGGUCAGGAAUCACAGUCAAUCGACGUACGAAUCAUUUCUGUCAUUUGCCACUCCGCCCAUCCGAGUCUGGUGGUUUUUCAGCCUGCCCAAACGGAAGUCAUUUCGUUGCUGCGAAUCAUUCUAAUCAAAAAGUAUUUCCCUAUCCACCUUACUUACCUACCAAUACUGGAUCAGUUUGUCCUCAUGGAUGCCCCUGUGAAAUCUCCAUAAAACAGCUUUGGUCUGGUGACCCUUACCUCGCUUGUGAAGUUCCAGUCAGGUCUGUUGAUCAGUCUGUUUUUGGAGAACGACAUGGGUCGUAUGCUCCAUUUGUGAGUGCACCUGGUAGUCUUCCUGCCCUUCACAAUGAUAGCAUUCAUCCGUACUCUGGAAUUGAACCAAAUGAAGCUCUACAUUUCAAUCACAAUCCUUGGAUCUAUGCUGCUCAAUCUAAUCGACAUCCCCAUUCAGCAGUAUGUCAUAUGUGUUCUCCAACUCAGUCCUGUUUAGUUGAAGUUCCCUAUGCUGCUCCAACAAAAAACCUGCCGAAACACCCAACUUACUCUGUGUUAAAAUGUCAGGUCCCUUAUGCUAAUCAUGAUCCAAUAGAUUCCAUGCAGUAUGUCUAUCCAAGUUCAUCUUUAGCUGCUAUUCUUUCACCUAUUGUCACUCAGCGUAGGCAACAUCCACAGCGCCAAGCACUUCAAGGAUCACAGCCAAAAAGCGGUUUGAGGCGACAGCAGUCCCAACCAAAGAACGUAAGAUUACCGGACUUAAUGCACAUUCCACUGAUGGAGCGUUCGACAAGUCAUGUUCAAUUGUCUCAUCUUCCAAGCAACUAUAGGUUGGCGUCUCCACUGGAAACUUGUUUAAGUAAUAACCACCCGAUCUCUCGUCAAGGCAAUCGAGGCUGUUCGCUUCAGUACAUACCUUGCUCUACAAGUGUUCACCCUGGUCACUACGAUCUUAACCCAGGCUUUGAAUAUUCAAAUGAUGUUCACCCAAAUCCACUUUCGCAUUAUCAUCGUUACGCUUCAACUGCAAAUGAACAUUUUCGUCGAGCUGCUAGUGUUGGAGUUUCAGCUUGGAAUGCCGAUCCCCUCUGGACUACAGCACCUUCACAUGAGCGAUUAUCUCAGACAGACAGAUGUAAUGAAUUCAGCAUUUAUACACAUGAAUCCAACCCCACAAAUUCUCAACGUAACUUCCUAACAAACCAGUUACAGGCAGAAAGAGAGCAUUUUGCACUCCUUCAGACACAAUUUUCACGACAGUUAUGUGACACCUGGGCGUAUUUAAAAGCCACACGUGGUCUGCAAGUCGAUAAGUUUUGUGAUUUCGGGAUGUAUAUGGUUGGAAAUUACAAUAAUCCUCCAAUUUACGGCUGUGAACUGCGACAUGAUCCAGCUGGCGCCUCAGAUGGUGCAUCUACUGGUGGUGGUAACGUAUGCAAUAUGAGCGCUUCUGGUGCAUACGACGGACAUGAUCAACUUCAUACUAGUUCUGAACAACAUUUAUACGAAGCUUGUUCUCAGCUCAACCAGUGUGCUUCAUCGGAAAGAAUAAAUGAUUGUGAUGACCCCGGUACCAACGAUUUGCGAUCACCAUCUGGCAAUGAAAUGUAUGAAGAUACUAAAGGCCCGAUGCAAGGAUGGCCACAAACUGUGCCAUUACGACAUCCACAUGUCAAUCAAAAUAUUCACUCACCAACUGCUUACUGA